AUGCCUCCUAAAGCCGGCUCCACUGGUGGCGAAGCUGGCGACCCUCGCUUCAAAUUCGUCUUCAGCGUCCUCAAGAAUCUCGAACAAGUCAAGCCAGACUGGGAGAAAGUUGCUGAAGAGAAUGGCAUUGGUUAUGGCAAGAAUGCGGCGACUAAGUUCAAGGGGAUUGCCAAAGAUUUAGGCUACAAUUACGAGAAGAACACCAUUCGUCCUCUGGGCGACACCGAGACGAAGACCGCUGCCGCUACCAAGUCGUCCUCCACUUCACGCAAGAGAAAGAACAAAGACGACGGCGAGAAUGAGGCCAAAACUCCUAGCAAGCGCAAGCAGCCAGCACCCGUCAAAGUCAAGGAUGAGGACGACGAUGUGACCGAGGAUGACAGUGCUAAUGCAGAUAUCAAGGACGAGGAGUAG